UCAUGGCCCGCUUUUGGGGUCAAAGUCGCACCUUGGGUUGGGGUCAAUCAUGCCCCAGAUUUGGGGUCAAAGUCCCAUCUUGGGUCAACCAACUCUGUCUCAGAUUUGGAGUCAAAGUCCCAUCUUGGAUUUGGGGUCAAUUGUGCCCCAGAUUUGGGGUCAAUCCCCUUUCAUGGUGUUGGGGUCAAUCAUCCAUCCCAGUGUUGGAGUCAACCUUGUUGGGGUCAAAGUUCCAUCUCGGGUUGGGGUCAAUCCUAUUUCAUGGUGUUGGUGUCAACGUCCCAUCAGCCCCCAUGUCCCCUUUUUGGGGAAGCCUCUCCCUGUUGCCCUGGUGACAGGCCAUGGCCACGUUGUCAUAGUGACAGACCAUGCCCCUGGAGUUGCCUUAAAAAGAGACCACACCCCCUCCCAUCACCUUGGCAACUGGCCACGCCCCCAUCCAUUGCCUUGGAACCCGGCCACUCCCUUGGUGACAGGCCACGCCCCUUCGACUGGAAGCCCCUCCCUGUUUCCUCGGUUUCUGUUGCCCUGGCUACAGGCCACACGCCCUUGUCGACAAGCCCCUGUUGCCAUGACGACAGACCACGCCCUUCCCCUUUGCCUUGAAAACAGGCCACACCUCCUCCCGUUGCCAUAGCGACAGGCCAUGCCUCCCUUUCCAUUCUCUUGUUGACAGCCCACGCCCCCUUUUACGAGAAGCCCCAUCCUAUUCAUUUGGCCACAGGCCACUCCCCCCACGUUGCCACUGCCUACAAACCGCGCCCCUUCAGUGUUUACAUGACAACAAGCCUGCCGGGCCCCUCCCCCCCGUCCUUAACCGGAAGCGGCGUGCUGUGCGCGGUGACGUCACACCCGGAGGCGGUGGCCCCGGCGCGGCUCUGCCGGAGCGGCCCUGUCCGACCGCCCCCCCCCGGAGCCUCCCGGGACCCUCCCGGACCCCCCCCCCGACCCCCGGCCACGGCCCCGGCCGAGGCCCCGCCCCCGGGACACGGCGCUAUGAUGCGGUUCAUGCUGCUGUUCAGCUGCCAAGGGAAGCUGAGGCUGCAGAAAUGGUACCUGGCCAUGGCCGACAAGGACAAGAAGAAGAUGCUUUGGGAGCUCAUGCAGGUGGUGCUGGCCCGGAAACCCAAAAUGUGCAGCUUCCUUGAGUGGAGGGACCUCAAGGUGGUCUUCAAGAGGUGAAGCCCCCUGCAAAAAACCCUCAGGGAAAUCAGGUUUUCCACCCCAAAAUGGCAGGUUUUUCCAAAAAAAAAAAAGGGGGCAGUUUAUGACAAAAAUAAUGAUGAAAAAGUGGGUUUUCACCCCAAAAAAGCGGUUUUUCUCCUCCCCAAAAUCAGUUUAUUCAAGGAAAGCUCGCCUUGCAGUGGAGAAAAGCAGUUUGCCCAUUAAAAAAAGCGGCUUUUCCAAAAAAAAGCAGGUUUUUCACUAAAAAAGGAGCUUUUUUACAA